AUGGCGCGCACCAAUCCGGGCCGCCAAGCCAGGAACCGCGCUCGCAAAGCCGUCGCGGCUGCCGCCACAGCAGCUCGGGCGGAGAUGCAGCGCCUCGACAGCGACAACAGCAUCGUCAAUCCGCUCUUCCAAGGCCACAACGAUGAUGCCAGCGACGCAUUCGGCGCCAGCGACAACGACGAGGACGACCACGACGAGCAGCCAGAGUCUAUGGCGGGGGUGGCGCCGUCCGGCUCCGCCGCCGCCCGCCGAUCACGGGGCGGCUCGUGCCAGCGUCGAACUACAAGAGGAAGACACGGAACUGCUCAAGCAGGUGCCGCACAAGGUAGGUCGCUCUCCCUCGCCCCCUCCGCCGGCUCACGGCUCGUUCGGCAGCUGCUUUCGAUCAAGAUGCAGUUCGGUCUGAUGCUGUGUCCAGUCUGCACGAUCAAAUGCUACAAGCAGAGGAGCAGCUGGAUUACGCGCGUCAAGACCCACGAGCAUUGGUCCUGGGCCCAGGCGGAAAGGCAGGCGGGCCAGUCCCACCACACCAUCAGACCCUGGUCGGUAGGUCCUAACGCUGGUCGCAAUGUAAAUAAAUAA